AUGGCAGAACAAUUACUACAUUGGUGGUUGCUUUGGAGCAACAUUGGUUUAGGCCACAAGGCAUGUAUAAUAGAAAUCCACAUCCUAUUUAAAACGAAGGCUUCUACCACCUGCUUUUUUCCACCGCAUAUUUCAGCUUGGAUUAAAAUGUGCCGGUAGCUAUGGAUAUACUUUCUAGCUUUCAAAGCCUUUCAUCUGUUCGGUGUGCUUUUUAUGCCAUUCAUCAGGCCUCAAACAUUCUUCCCCUCCCCCCCUUUUUUACUUGAGACAAACACUCAAUUCCCUCUUUCUCAUUUCCCCCACAAAGUUGCUUUUCCAGCUUGCAUUUUGUUGAAAGCCGCCCACCCGUACUCUUUCUGAAUCGUUUAGUCCUUUAAUUAAGUUUAUAUUUACAGGCUGAAGGAGGCACCUGCUUGAAUUAACUCCAGACAACCAUGUUUACCGCCCAGCCGCUUCUUCUCAUGAGGCACUUGAAUAAAAUAGCUUAGAAGCUCGUGGUGCGUUUUAUUAUGAUGUUUUAUUGAACGUUUCUUCUUUUCCUUAUGUUAGGUCAAUAAUGUAUAAAUCAAACUUUGGAUUUAUUAUUAUUAUUUUUUUAAAUGAUAGGUUGUGAAAGCAAGAAAGGGUGGCCCUAACUUGGACUUUUUUCAGCCGGAACUUGCCGGAACUCAGUUCUGGCACCUUUCAGGUGGCACCAUUGCCAUUCUAAGAGAACAAGGGAGGUGUUCAUGGUGAGUUCCGGCACUUCUUUUUCUAGAAAAAUAGCACUGGGCUUAACAGUUUGGCCCUGUGCUACCAAGCCACUCUGAUUGUCUUAUUAAAGCAGGUGCCAAUCCCCCCCUCCAGCCUUAUUUCCAAUAUUGGGACUGGGGAUAGCUUGAUGAACUGACUCCCAGGACCAAUUUCCACCCACUUCUGUAGCUCCAAGGCUGGAAGGAAAUCUGGUUGCUUGCCAGAUGGAUUUGAUGACUGUUGCGAUUAGAAAUUUUGGACAGGUAGUGGGUAUCUAUAUAGAACCCACCCAGGAAUCAACUCAGGAGUGUGCUCUGACAGAUCAGAUGAGGGAGGAGGUUGUUGCUGGACCUCGGGUGGCAGAGGUGGAGGGAGCUGUGGCCCAGCAGGAACAUGAGUUGUUGAAUCUGACAAAUGAACUUGGAAAAAAACAGAUUUGGAGAGAUAGAGUUUUGUUUGGCUUGGAGAUGGGGGGCUGGAUAGACCCCCCUAUGCAGGGAUGUCUUGACUUUUCAAGUUUGGCAAUGGGCCGUGAGGAGUUUGGGGUUGUGGGGGUCCUCAACUCUGGAGGGACUUUGAAACAUGCUUUUAAAUACCACAUGGAGUUCAGUGUGGACUAUGGAAAAGGGGCUGAUCUGUCGAGAAGGGACAAAAAUACUGUCAAGUUGGAGUUUCCACGAGUGAAAGGACCAGGAGACAAAGUAAAGUACAGGUAUAAAUAUGAAGAAGAUCUGCGGAAGGGACAUGGAAGAGACUUAAGGGCCUCGGACAUAAGAUUACCAGGUUAAUGAACUAGAUGGAUGGGAUAGAAAGGACUGACAAAACCCGGGACCAGGAGGAAGAGACGUUGGAUGAAGAUUGGAAGAAAGUUUUAAAAUUUUUUAUUUAUGAUUGUUUUGUAAAAUUAAUGAGUAUUAGAAAAAUGUUGGAACGAAAUUAUUUGGCUUUAGCAGAAAUGCUAAAAAGAACUAUGCAAGAAUAUGCUAUGGUUAUGAGAAAUUGGUAUAAAUAAGAUUUAAGUUUUAAGUUUUAGGGUUUUUUAUAGUAAGAUAAGGUUAAAAUAGAUUAAGGUAAUUUAAUGACAGAAUAUUAUGAAAAAUGGGAAGGAUUUGCUGUGAUAAUUAAUAACUAGAAUACAAAAAAGGGAGGUGUGAGGAGGUUGAUGAAAUAAGGUAAUGACAGUUAAGGAUUUGGGAAUAUUGGAUCUGUUUUUAAAUUUUUGUGGUUUAUUUCUGUUUUUUGAUUUUGAUUUUGAUGCGUUAUGUGUUUUGUUUUUGUUUUUUGAUUUUGAUUUUUAUCGAUUUGUAUUGUUUGAUUGCUGUUUGUUUUCCCCCUUUUUUUCUUCUUUUUCUCUUUGUUCUUUCUGUAAUUUUAAAAUUCUUAAUAAAUAUCAUUAAAAAAAGGAGAGAGAUCUACUGUUGCUUAGCUUUCACCUCAGAACUCGCCUUUCAAUCUCUGUCCCCAUUUCAGAGAUUUGGAGCCCAAUGGCCAGCUUAUCUGUUCCUUUUUCCAUUUAUGAUUCUCUCUGCAGGUGGUCUGUUAUACCUUAUUCAUGAAUUCAGAGUUUAACUGAAGAAGUUGAAAAAUCAAUUUCCUUAGAAAAUGCAUGAGCGAUGCACUUUCUUUCAAAAAGUUAUAUUCUGUUCAGUUUGCGGCGUCUUCUUUUUCCCAGGGUUUCUGCACUUCAACGAGGCAGCACCUUGUUUUCUUUAAUUAUGGCAGUAGAUGAGGCCAUGCAGUGAAUCACCUUACCUUUUCCACUCCAGGAGAUUUGCUAAUCACAUCUACCUCCUGUUCAGCUCAUCUUCCUAGUGUGCUCAUCCAUGCAGCCAAGUAAGUGAAUUUGCCCUUUAAGAAAUUUACCUGUUUUUUUACCUGCUCUGAAUUUAUGUGGGAGGAUUAUUUACUGAAGCAUAUGUGCCUUAAAUAAAGAAACCAAGGACACGGCCAGGCAUAUAUAAUACAUAUCAAGUACCCUAUAUGGUCAGGGGUCCCUUUAUCUUUACCUUACCCUAUAUGUAUUUGUCUGAAUUGUACAUCUAAUAUCUACAUGUAGUACAGCUACAUAUGGCUAUCCCGUAGGCAGUAUUACAGCACAGUUGCCGGCCAUUUCAUGUGGGGGGUUCCAUUUCCAGCCCCGCUCCCAUUUCACCCCAGUUCCGCCCUUUGAAUGAUGCAUUGUGUGACGUUUUCAGGUUGGCACCGGGCGUGUGUGUGACUUUCAAACACUCAGUAAUUGGUCUUAAACAAAAACCCAGAGAUCUCCUAGAAAGUGGAAUCCUAGACUUACCUACCUGGAAGUAAUGCCCAUUGAUUUCAAUGAGACUUACUCCCAGGUAAAUGAGCAUAGGAUUGCAGGCUUUAGUUCUGCCAUGCUGCAUAGCAAACUGCCUUUGUAAUACACUGAGUUUCAAAAAGUGUUUGUUACACAGCAUGAUCAGGCUGCUGCCCGCCCCCCAGUCCAAAGUACUGUUGGGUAGGCAAAGUUAAAUCACUUUUCUAAAGAAUUUAGGUGUGUAUGAAAAUAAAGAAACCAAACACAAAUAUAUAGAGGCUUGAAUUCAGUUCAACAAUUGUGCUAGCAGGAGCCAGCACAACAAAUCCCGCUAGCAAUGGAACUUUCCCCUUGUCCUCCCCCCUAUGCCUCCACCAAAUGGGCUCUGGGAGCUGGGAGAACCCUCAGAACAGCACACAGAGGAAGGAGAGGGACAGUCAUUCAAUCUGAGAAUGCUUGCACUGAUGGAACGAUCAUAAUAGCACAAUGGUGAAUCCCUCGCACACUGACUUAACAUGGGGUAGGAAAUUAUGUUGCCAAUUGCUGUAAUGGGACAUCAUGGGUUUUCAAAUCAAACAUCAAUAUGAACACAGUGAAGAACUGGUGCUUGACUGGGGAACCUUGUGGCCCUCUAGAGGUUAUUGGACUCCAACUCCAAUCAGUCCCAACCAGCAUGGCAAAUGGCCAGGGGUGAUGGGAAUUGUUCAAUAGCAUCUGCAGGAAUUCCCCUCUGAUUUAGUGGCUGAUUUGGUACCAAGAUGAACUGGUUUCAUUGACUUUUCUUUGAUGAUAUCUGAAACCAUUCUCAAUGUCAAACACUUACCCGUCACAGCCAUUACUAACUUCUCGCGAAUGUGCUUCCCAAACUGUAUUUGGGUCUUUUAUAUUCCAUUCCUACCAGUUUAUUAGCACCUUGUUACAUAGUAUACUGGGUGUCUUUCAAUUGCACAAGAUAUUUGAAUCACUCGUGUCCAACCAAGUCAUUGACUAGCAUGGCUCAAUCAUGUUAGAGGAGAAAUGUGUCUUGAAAAUCUGAAACCAGCUUGGGGGCUACAUGUGAUUUUGACUCCUGAUCUAGCGAUGAGAGUCAUACAUGAAGUGUUGGAUGGGGUAACUGAACACAGGAACCAUGUCUGUGGGUGCACUUUUGGACCCAAGCAGGGGAUUAUUGUACAGGUGCCUGCUUUCAUCUGCACCCGACUCUUGAUGAACUGAGAUGCUGAUAAAAUGGGAUUGGGAGUGUAGUGUGCAUGAAUGCAGAUCGUGGAAGUAUAUGGAUUUUGUCUUUGGAUUUGUUAUAAUGUUCAUUAAAGAGGUGUGAGAAAGUUUGGAAUCUCCUUUGAACAAAGGGCACUGAAAUGCUUUAUUAUGUCAUUUAUUUCGGGAUAUAAGUAGCAAAAGUUAAGUUAUCCCCUGAGUUAUAAAGGAAAAUUCAGUCCAUGUGAAUUCUUCUUAAAAAACUCUAAUAAAUAAUUUUCAGCACUUUAUAGUAGAUUAUUUGAAAGUAGGCCAGUGGCACUCUUUCCCCCUCCCUCUCUGUCUUCUUCACUAGGCUAAAUGACAAAAUUAAAAGGGCACCCAGUGACACAUACUGUAUUCUGUUGGUCCAUUUUAUUUUUAGAGUUCCUUUGGAACGGGCAAUCUUUCUUUCUUAUAGCAACAUUACUGUCAUACCCUUUUAUGCUAACUAGGUAUAUGAGAAUGUUCUGCUUUCUUUCAUUCAAUAGUAUUGACUGAGUCAUGGAAAAUAAGUAGCCUUUUUAAAAAAGCAACAGAGAGAUGAUAUAAAACCCAAUCUAAUGCAAUUGCCCUUCCAUUUAGACUGUAAAUUUUAGAGAGUCAUCACCCAACCUACCCAAUCAACCCAUACUUCCCUGGAGUGUUGUACUCUCUCUUCCUCUCUUUACUUAUCCACUUUCUUCACACUAAAGGAAAUCUAUGGAAUAAUAAAACGCGUUUUACAGCAGACCAAUCACUGACACACGGUGUGGCCAUUGCCACCCUCCAUCUGUCAUAAAUUGCAAGAGUCAACACACCAUAGAUUAUAAUUGUCACAGGUUCAGGCUGUUUCUCAGUUUUGUAAUUCGAUAGUCCCCAUCUGGAGACAUUGGCCACACAGAACUUUGUAUAUCUAACGGUGCUUUUCACUUUUAAAAAGCACUUAUCUCUACUUCCCUGUGGGUCUGAGUAAGCAGCUUGUGCAUUUAUCUGCAUUGUUUUGGGCUUUUAAAAGAACAAAAGGGUUAAUGUUCUCACUGGCCAGGCCUAAAAGAACUGCCUUGUGCAUGGCUUUGCUUACCAAUGAUGACUCAAGCGAGAGAUGGAUUUAAAUUUUGUAAAUUUCACGCUGAAAUUACCUUGCUUCGCCUUUUAUGAACUUUGGGUCAGAUACAGUUGUCUGCUGGCUUCUGCACGUCUCUGAAAAACAUACCUACCUAACUCAGGGGUUCUCAGACUGUGUCUUCCAAGGAACACUUGAAAAUUGCUGAGGGCUUGGGGAACCACUUAAUGAUUUUUCUGCUUAUUUUACCCAUGGCGAUACACUGUGCUAGAUGCUGUGUGGCUUUUAAUUGUAUUUUUAUUGCUUCUUUUAUCUCUUCUAUUGUAUGCAUUGUAUUGUAAUAAAAUAAAGUACAAUAUAAGAAAUAAAAGAAGCAAUAAAAAUACAAUUUAAAAUCAAAACAGCAGAUCUUCUGAAUGAAGCUUGUCGCAGCAGGAGAGGGAAACCCCCUGGCUUCUUCAGCAGCCUGCCUCAUCUCUGCCUCUUGGUCCCCCUUCUCUCCAGCCUCCUCUUAUGCCUCUGGUUCUGGACUGCUCUCUGCCACAACCUCUUCAUGCUCACUAAGCCCUGUUACCUCUUUAGUUUCUGACACCUCCUUUUCCCAAUCUUCUCCCUCUGACCAUUCAUCAUCAUCCCACCACCAAUCCCCUGGCUCCCUCCAUCCCUCUGCAUCCAGCCAUUUCAAGACAAUAUAUCAGAAGUGACCUGAGCAUCCUUGCCACAGUGGAUGUUGCUAUCUCACGUUGGCAAGCCAUUCUGGAUGCCACUGCACUUUUGCAUAUCUAGCUGUAGGACAGUAGCAUAAUUUAGUAUCCGGAACAAAAUCCCUUCCUGCUUUUUCUUUCUGUUUAGAAGGAUUUGGACUGGUAUUUAAUAAUGAAAAGAUUCAUCUGUAUAGAAGAUGACCCCUGCCCCCCAACAGUACAACAAGAGUACAAUUGAUCUUCCAGACUAAUCUUGCACAAAAGUCUCCAUCCAUUGCUGAAAGCAAUUGCACUUUUGUGAGCUGAGCUGCAAACCUGUGUUAUUUUACAAACAGUUCCAAAUCAAAUGAAAAUGUAAUCCCCAGGGCCAGACUAUGUUUGUGUAUGUUACAAAUCUUGUUCUGCGCCCUAAACACCAAGUUUCUUUACAGCACCAUUACACAGCUGUAGCACAGUGACAGAGCCAAUGCUUUGCUCACAAAAGCUCCCAGGUUUAAUCCCUGGUGUUGCCAGGCAGGGCUAGGAAAGAUUCCUGCCUUGAAACCCUGGAGAGUCAGUGCCAACCAACUUAGACCAGACUAAGCUAGAUAGAUCAAUGGUCUGAGUUGGCAGCUUCUUGUGUUCCCAUAUAGCCAGCUGACUGUUGUGACUGAAAAGCAGCUGUCCUUAUAGGAUGGAGAUUGCUGCCAAACUACUUGAGCAUCUAGCUGAUAAAUCAAGCACUCAUCAGUUCAUUGGCAGUUCAUAACAGAUGUCCAGCUCCAACAUUAACCUUUCUACCUUGGUCCAGAUCCUUCACCUCUUCCCCCUUUUUUCAGAAAUAUAAUGAAGGUGACCACCAAUGAAGCAGGUGGAGUUGGUGGGUCCAGGCACCAGCUCAGGAUUUAGACCAGGGGUAUGCAACCUAAGGCCCAGGGGCCAGAUGUGGCCCAAUCGCCUUCUAAAUCCAGCCCGCGGACAGUCCGGGAAUCAGUGUGUUUUUACAUGAGUAGAAUGUGUGCUUUUAUUUAAAAUGCAUCUCUGGGUUAUUUGUGGGGCAUAGGAAUUUGUUCAUUUCCCCCACCCAAAAAGAAUAUAUAUAGUCUGAGGGAUGGUGGACUGGCCCAUGGCUGAAAAAGGUUUCUGACCCCUGAUUUAGACCCUAGAUGCUGCUACAACCAGGCCUGUGGAUCAGGGCAAAUAUCUUGUUUCAGGAAGGCUGUGUAAGAAUUCAUGCAAGCAAUUGCUCAUAUGGACUGGAUUCCCACCCCUCCUUCUGGCAGUUCUAGUGCUGAAUUCUAAGCUACAUUUGACACAUUGGCAAGUUUUAAUAUUAGUUUUGGGAUGGAGGGAGUUGCCAGAAGGGAAACUAAGAAAAAAUAAUAAUGCAAUGUGUAAAAAUGAUGCAUGUGCCUCUGGAUGGUCAUACAUAACUGCACAAUUAUUUUUGGCAGGAUCCUGCGCUAACUUAGGACUGUGUGUGCAGAAUAUGACAUAUGCCCUUCAAUAAUACCGAUACCAGGGCAAGGUGAAACCUAAAAUAAUGUUUCUUUUAUGUAUUGGGCUAGGAUCUGGGCGGCCAGGGCUCAAAUUUCCACUUUUGUGAACUUGGGCCAGUCACUGCCUCUCAGUUUAACCUACAUCACAGGGUUGGUGUGAGGAUUAAAUAAGGAGGGGGAAGAACCAUGUAAGCCACCUUGAGCUCCUUCGGAGAAGAAGGUGGAAUAUCAAUGCAAUUGAUUGAUUGAUUGAUUGAUUACUGGCCUUAAAACAUCAGCAACCAAAAUUAAAAAUGGCUAAAGAGGGGACACAUAGAAGAGAACGCCUUCACCCCAGUAUGGCUCCCCUUUAUCACAUACACAGUCCAACAAGAUAACAACAAGAAUCCACCAACAGUUUACAAAUCAAUCUGUCUUACUUGACCCAACAAACCUUUUCCCCCACCCUCCACAAAUGCAAACAAACCCCAUUGCAGCCAACCACAGGCAACCAGCCAUACCCUGGGCCCUCAAUUCUCUCACUCCCAAGGAAAUGUGACAAGUGAAUUGAAAGAGAACCUAUCUAGUUGACGCUGACACAAAACCCCACACAUACACUGUAAAAACAAAAACAAAUUUCACCACCACACCUCCUCUCCCUGCCCUCUUCUUCCUGACUUCAUACUGUACUCCACACUAAUGUCUCAUAACAAAUAUAACUGAUCUGUAUAAAAGACUGUACAACUUGAAAAAAGAGACAAGACGUGUACUUUUGUAAACCAAGAAAAUAAUAAUAAUUAAAAAAAAACCCAGCUAAAAGAAAAGGCUAAAACAGUCUCUCGUUAGAAUCCUAUGAAGCCUGAUUAAGCAGACAUGUCUUUUCCUGCUGCCAAAAAAACCCAAAGCAAUUGUGGUACCUAAUGCUCACCUGUUGUCUUUGUCCAUGGAGUUUUUGAGAAUUGAUGCAUUUGAAUUAUGGUGCUGGAGGAGACUCUUGAGAGUCCCAUGGACUGCAAGAUCAAACCUAUCCGUUCUGAAGGAAAUCAGCCCUGAGUGCUCAUUGGAAGGUCAGAUCAUGAAGCUGAGGCUCCAAUACUUUGGCCACCUCAUGAGAAGAGAAGACUCCCUGGAAAAGACCCUGAUGUUGGGAAAGAUGGAGGGCACAAGGAGAAGGGGACGACAGAGGACAAGAUGGUUGGACAGUGUUCUCGAAGCAACAACAUGAGUUUGACCAAACUGCAGGAGGCAGUGAAAGACAGGAGUGCCUGGAGUGCUCUGGUCCAUGGGGUCAUGAAGAGUUGGACAUGACUAAACGACUAAACAACAACAAUGCUCACCUGUAAGAGGAGAGCAUUCCACAAAUGUGACAUUGCCACAAAGAAGUCUCGUUCCUGUAUCACCACUGAAUAAGCCUCCCUUAGCAGUGGAACAUGAAGAAGCCCCCUCCCUCUGAUCUAAAAAACAGGGUAGACUGAUAUAAGAGACAUGUUCCCAAAUCAUUUAGGGAUUCAAAGGUGAGCAACCAGCAUGAUGAAUGGGGCUCAGAAGUGAAUAGGCAGCCAACACAGCUGCUUGAGGACUGGUGGAAUUUAGGGCUUCUUUGGACAACUUGCUUAUUCACUUGCACAAAAGUUGCAGAGGUUAUAUGAGGGGCAUUCAUUAUGACUUGUCUGCUGUGAGGUUAUAGGAGACUCAAGUAUUUAUCUUGAUUUGUUUGCGUGGAGGUUAUAAGACUUCCUGCCCAUCUAUGGUUAUUUCCUCAUCACCUUCCUAACACAAAGCCCUCCCUUUUUUUAAAAAAAGUUGGUUUUUGUUGCACAAGAGUGCAUUAGCGCACUUCCAUUGUGCAAAACUAAAUUUCUGGCAUGUUGUUGAAUACUUCCCACAAAAUAGUGGCCAUCUGGGGUGACCAUGAUCUCUCCUUGCUUUACCAGUCAGAAUUCUGGCAUCUGCAUUCUGCACCAAUUAAAGCUUCUGAAUUGUCUUCAAGGGCAACUCCAUGUACGAUGCAUUACAAUAAUCUGAACGAGAGGUUACCAGAGCAUGGACCACUGCCCUUAUAAGUAAACAGUUGUAGCUGGGCAGACCAGCUGAAAGUAAAAAGAAGGUACUCAUCACACCACUUAGUUUCAAGUGAAAACUGUGAAUCUCCCAAUACCCCCAUACUAUGUUACCUGCUCCUUCAAGUGGAGUGUAUUCUCAUCCAGAACAGCCUCUACACAGUAUCUCCAUCUUGCUAGAAUUCAGUCACAGUCUUUUUGCCCAUAUAUAGCCCAUUACUUAUAGUAAGUGUUGAAAUCCUAAGUAUUUCACAUUAGAUAUUGUCCAAUAAAAUAAUGUUGAUAGAACUGAAACGAAUACAUUUACUGGAGGCAGGGGGCAGCAUCGUUAACGCAAUCCAUUAACAAUAGAAGACCAGACUUGCAUAGAUGGAACGUAUCCUGGUGUUUUGUGCAAAAACAUAUUGGCGUUUUUAUUUGCUUUCAAUAUACAAAAGUUCUUUAUUAGUAAACAGUGUUACAGGAUUUUCUGCAGAUACCGGAGAAACAAUAAAAGAUAGCCAAUUACAACAAAUGGGGGGGAAAUCAAUAUUUUAAAUGAGCCAGAAAUAGGAAAUAUCUUCUGUGUGAUUUUUUUAAAAAAAAAUACAUUGCAUUUUGACCUUACUGGUAGGACAGUGUAGAAAAGGGCUUUUAAGAUGAAAAGCAGGUUAAACAUUGAAUCUGUGUUUGGAGGGCCUCAUUGCACAGAUGCUUACACAUAGCAGUUGACUGCUAGAAUGAGCCUUUCCUCACCAAAAAGCAAUCAGCACUGUUGGACCAGGCAAUGCGGAUCAUCUCUUUGGUGGUGCUGGUGAGGUGCAAGAGCAUCUUCCACUCCACACCCCUGGGUUGGAUGAAGGGCUUUCCAUUCCCUGACACAUGCAUCUGUGCACAGGGAGGUCUCCAGAUGGGUGAUAUAUAUGGGUAUUUCUUGAUGGAUGAGGACAAAUACAUGAUUUUCCAGAUGAUGGCUUGGUUGCACAAUGAUCACUGUGGCCAAAAUUACAGAAAAUAAGUAUUGUAUAAACACUGAUGGCAGGAUCCCUGAAGGGAAGAGAACUUGCUUGUUUCGCCAAUUCUUAUACAGCUUAAUUGCAGUCAUCUCUAAGCCAUGUACAAGUAAUUCAAUGCAAUAAGAAUGAAAACCAGUUGAAGCGAAGACAUCAGAAUUCAGUCUAAAUGCUUGCUGAAUUUAACAAGCUUUCAGUAGAUUCUGGGAGAUCAACAGGGUAGUGGCCUGCCUGACCUCAACAGGAGGGAAGUUCCAUAUAAUUCAGCCCACAAUACUCAAUGCAUGGUUGCUGGCGGAUGCAAGCUAUUUAUCCAAACCAUGGUGCACCAACAGAGACUCCCUCAACAAAGAGGAGGGCUAUAAUGAGUCAGGUGGUCCUUUAAGGUAUCCUGAACCCAAGUUGUUAAGGGCCUUGUAAAUUAAUACAAGAACCCUGAAGGCCAUUAGGAUAUGGACAUCCAGAGCAAGUUGUAUGUGAGUAAGCAGAGCACAUAUAACUUCUACUUUUUGAAUUAGGAAGAGCUUGCACACGCGAACCAGAUUAUCCGACUAAGGAUCUAUUUGCCUUGCACAAGUUUAUUUCAUAAGCUGCUAAGCAAAUGCCACAUGUGGAAUAAGAUACUGGGAUCUCGUAGCCCAAUUCUUUAGGCAAGAUCUAAAAGAAAAACCAGUUUAAAAUCAUUUGUCUCCUUACUUGCACUUAAUUAAUCCACUAGGGUUUUAUAAAGCUCUAUGCGGCCUAGGACCCACGUACCUACGGGACCGCCUCUCCUGGUAUGCCCCACGGAGGACCUUAAGGUCCACAAAUGACAAUAUUUUGGAGGUCCCAAGUCUUGUGAUUAGGUGGUGGUUAGGUUGGUCUCAACUAGGACCAGUUCCUUUUCAGUACUGGCCCCAGUACUGGUGGAACGUUCUGUCCCACAGGGACUUGACAUCUUUCCGCAGGGCCUUCAAGACAGAGCUGUUACGCCUGGCCUUAGAAUUCAGUCUGACCCUUAUGUUUCCCUCCCCUUAUGGUUUUGACUUUUAAAAUGAGGCUGCAUUUUAAAUUGCAUUUUAACCUGUAUUGUAAAUUGUUUUUUUUUUUCUUUCUUAUUAUGUUUUUACUGAAAUUUUAUUGGUGUUAGCCGCCCUGAGCCCGGCUCUGGCCGGGGAGGGCGGGGUAUAAAUAAAAUUUAUUAUAUUAUUGUAGGCAUAAAUAUUAAUGGGGGAUGGGUGAUUUAAUUCUAGAGGCCAAAUGCUUGACAUAUUUUGCUUUAUUCUUCUUGCCAAGCAGCACAUAACUUUUCUCUGUUUUAGUUUUUGAAGGUUAAAAACAAGCACUUCCAUGCUAGAUCAGGAACUGGAUGGGGCUUCCUUGCUAAAUGAAGAAACACAUGUGCAAGCUGUGAAUUCAUUGAGUUUGCCUAUCCCAGGUGAGCAUAUAGUGAAAGAAGUUUAAAAAUGGAGAUAAGCAGUGAUCAGCCAGUCUGUCAGUGGGGAGCUAGGAGUCUCCCUGCCUGACACUGCUUCUUUCUUCCCAAGCAAUAAAUCAGCACAAUCAGGGGUGCCAACUUGAUUAAAAUAUUGGGGGGCCCAGAUAAGCCUUGUCCUGCAUAAUCGACCACAUGAUGCAGUGCGCACACACCAUUUGAAUGGCAGUGUCCAUCAAUUGGGGUGGUGCCUCAAAUAUUUUAGGACUUGGCUCCUAUGAGCACAGUUACUGCUUUGUUAGGAAGGCUUUAGCUCCAGGUAGGUGUUAUAGUAUGGCCAAACAACACAUAAUGCUAAUGACUCCAAAAUGCAAAAGAAAAAACAUAUUCAGGCCAUUGCUCAUAGUCAGAAGAUUUGUGGUUGUGGGUCAAAUUAUCCAUGAUGCUAAACACACAAAUCCUGCUGGCAGCAAUGGGAGCUUCCUUUCUUGGAUAGCAGUAGCUGGGCAGGAUGUCAACUGAGUAUGUAGUGGGGAAGAAAAGAGUUAACCCCCAUGUACCACGGUUCAUAUUCUCAUUGGAGCUCCCAGCAGAUUCUAUUUAACAUUUAAAAUACCUUUUGCAUCUUAUGUAGUUUGAUCCACAGUCACAAAUCUACUGACUCUACGUACUCACCUGUUACAUGUGGAAACCCUAGAAUUUGUGCUAGUGCUUAACUCGUUGUAUGAAAGGAAGUGCAGUGUAAAGAAGUUUAGAUCUGCCUUUCAAAUAAUAGGAAUUAUGCUUACCUGGUAAAAGCCCCAUUCAACAGUAAUGCUUUAGCGUUAAGCAACAAGAACAUUCCAGGUUUCCCCAGUGCAAUUCUGUUGUUUUGGAAGAAGUUGCACUCUGCAUGGGUCAUUGGUACUCUUGUUGUAGGAGCACUGCUUCAACUCCCUUGUAGCAGACUGGGACUGUGAAUGAAGCCUCUCAUAGGAAUUGUAAGUGUUAAGCAGUAUAGGUGAGGAACAGGGGUGUUUUGAUUAAUAUUACAGGUGAAUUAGGUGUGAUGGUCCCUCAAUAUUUUGCCCCAUCCUUGCAGCUAUCACUAAUGAGCAGGGCCAUCUUGGAGCCCCUCUGCUGCAAAAUGGCAUUGACCAUAUCAUGAAUGCUCUUUGAAGAUAGUAUGAUUGGCAAAUACCUGAAGUGUAGAUCUUAGGUUGCAGUUGGGACCUGCCCUAAUUGGUGAGCUCUGAUAUGUCCCAAUCUAGAGAUCCCAUGAUGCCAGUAGUACACUACGAUUCGUACUCACCAGUACUGUAGAUUUCUGAGGGCAUCAUGGGGUCACUAGAGCUGUUCCUUUAUAUGGACUACAAUUUGCCUCUAAUAUUGACACAUGUUUUUAUGCCCCGUUGGCAAUUGGUUCCCAUUAGAUAUAUUGGGGGAAAGUGGGCACCUUUCUUUUCCUUUACAGUUUGUGACUCAGAUGACGGAACUUGGCAAGUCGGCAAAACUGAUUGGGAACCGCCCACUUUCCCAAAAAGAUUUUCUUCCUGCCUCCUUGUGACCUAGUUGGAGCCAGAGCCCAAUCCAAUGACCCCAUUAUGCCAAUAGGAGAUCUGUGACAGAGUUUCUCAUGACAAGAAUUAAGGUGCUUGCAUCAGCUGAGGCAUGUGUGUGGAUGGUAGUUCUGGGGAAUCUAGAAGCUUGCCCUCUCAUUUUGUGUUAUUUUAGUUGGCCUAAUAAAUAAAUUGCCCCAUUAUAGAUGUGGAAUUAUCACAUCUGAAGCAUAACUAGGCCACGGCUUGAGAGGUAUGAUACUCACUUCCUAUAGUCAGUUUUAUCUUCAGACUUCCCUUUGCUUAAAUUGCCUGCCCCAUUAUAUUUCAGAAUAUUUCCACAUACCCGCCAGCUUAAACCUGCCACUAAUUUGCCUUAUUAAUGUUAUACUCAAUAAAUAUAAAGAUAAAAAUUACUUAGGGCAUUUUCAUAUAUUUUAAAAAUAGACUCGUAUGUUUGUGAAAAAUAUAAAUAUAAGAGUAAAAUAUUUGUUUAAAAUAUAUCACCAAUACUUACUUGCAAUAAACAAAACUAUGCUGCAUUCUAGCACAACAUAUUUCUUGCUUCCAAAUGAACAUUCAAUACUGGAUCACUGCUAUUAUCUACAAAACAUAGGUCACUUUCCAUGAACUACAUCAAGAGAUGUGCACAUAGGUUUCUGUGUGCCUAUCACUUGCUGGAUCAGAAACCGUGGGCUUAAAACCCCAUUACUUCAAAGUGGAUAUAGAGCGGCCCUUUUAAUUUCUCUUGGGAGUGCAUCUGAAUGUCUGUCCCCAUCCACAUUGACACAGCCAGUCAUGUUCAUCUAGAGGUGGAAUUAUGUCCUUAUUCUUUUCAAUGCACUAUUUCAAAGGUGCUCCCUUUUUAAUUUGGGGUUUAGGACAUGUAUGCAUUGAACUUCAAUAAUGUAUAUGGGCAUGAAAAGUGCUAUAUCAAUGUUAAGUAUGUAAUAUGUAUGCAGGAGGAAAAUUCACACAUGAAGUAUUUCUUGUAGAUGUAAUAAUUACAGCAGUUGCCCACUGACAGAAACAAGUCAUUUUUAAGCUGCAUAACCUCUUGCCUUUUUUAGUAGUGGGAGCUGCCGCGAUGAAAGUGAUGAAGAAUGUUCUGACUGCAUACAUAGUUUUCCUUUAGGAUCAGUUUUGGAAAGUUUUGAGCCUUAUAUCCUGAAACAGUACUUAGCAGUAAUGUAUCUUAAAAGUUUUCUAGAGUUGAAUUGGUUUUGUGAAGCAUGCUUAUAAUCUUGGUAAAAUGUCAAAUCUGAUUCAGUUUUUAUUGAACUAUGGCUGCGUCACUGGAUAGUCAUAUGACUUUAAAUCUGCAAUACUAUACAGAUGUACUUGGGACCAGUGCUAUUUUUCUAGAAAAAGAGGUGCUGGAACUCACCCUUACUCUCUUAUAAUGGCAAUGGCGCCUACCUGAGAGGUGCUGGAACUAAGUUCCAGUGAGUUCCUGCUGAAAAAGUCCCACUGAACUUAUUUCUAAAUAGGUUGCACUGUGAGAGCACUAGAGUUCAUAUUGUUGUUGCUGGCAUCCAUAUGACUCAAGCAACAAUGGAGUGCGACUUCAGGGUAAAGUCAAACUGCUGCAUUAACAGCAGUGAAGUGACCUUCCCAGGGCGCAAGCAUGGACAGUGUGUAUGGAAGUCCUGGGCUACCCAGACAUCAUGACUCCCCACUUGGCCUCACUGAUGGGGUCCAAAGGAAAGCAGAUAAAUAUAUUUGGCACCAGCUUGGCUGCAGGAGUUGUUGGAAGGAGGUGUACAAGGCAUCAUGCAACCAUCUUAGGGACUCCACUCUGGAUUUAUGUAGGGUUAACAUAAUGUCAGUAAUAAUAGCAGCAUAUUUAGGGUGCAGGACUUGCCCAAGACAUUUUGUGGCAUGAGGUGAAAGAGAAUAUGACACCUCCACUCCCAACCCAUUCCAUGUACUCUUAAAAUUUCACUGCAACACUGACAACUUGACACUGUCUCCCACCAUCUCUGGGGAACAGGUGAGGAGGAGGAGGAGGAAGGCAGGCUGCAUGGGACACAGACUCUCACCUUCCAGUACCUGCUGCCCGAGGCGGCUGUCUCAUUCUACCUAAUGGUAGAGCCGGUGUUGUCUUGGUGUCAGCUGGCUUCAAAGUGAGACUAGUUUGGAAACUUUGCACUAGACUAUCAGUUAAGGUCGUUGAAUUGCUUGAAGAAACCAAUGUAAAUAGUAUGAAUGAGUUUUAAAAUGGCACUUACCUUGAAUGCAAUCUUAUGUCUUUGCUUUCAUAGGUAA